GGAUCGCCAGGUGGAAUAAUCAAAUUAAGGCCACAAGAGCGGGCGGCGGAUGCGGUGAGCCAACCGAUCGACCCGCCGCAAAAGAAAGUGAGAACGAAUCCCGAGUUCCACAAUUUAAGGUCCUGAAAUUAUAAUAUCCUCGAUCAUCAAGGUGAAGGGACGAAAGGGAAGAAGAUGAUCAAAGUAGGCCGCGCCGUGGGCGCCACAUGAGCAAUGAUCGAGGAUCGAACUUAAGGAAUCGCAUGAAUCGCAUAAAGAUGUUACAGGAGGUGCGAUCUCCAUCUGAGGAAUUGAAAAUUAAGGAAAAGGACCGACCACGCCGGGAAAAGGAUAGAAUCAGCAAGGAAGUGAUCGAGCCCGAAGGAGUGAAUGAGGAAUAACAAGGGUUCACCUCGGCAGGUUAAGUCUUGAAGG